AUGAGCGGAUUUCACCGGCCGGGGCCAGCCACACGACGCCCCCUGACUUCAGCUGUUCUGAGACCAUGCUCCCCACUGCUCUCAGAUGCCUCGGGCUGUCUGCACCGGGUGCGCUCGCAGCCACUGGCGCUUGGAGCCACCACAGGAUCUUCUGGCUUUGAGUUCAGGCAGAGUCUGCGAUGGGUUGACCUGAGCCCCUCAAGGCCGAAAAGCCGAAACUCGCCCACGGCUGGGGUCCUACAGGAGAACAGUCGCGCAGAGUGCUGCGCAGCCGAGCUGGAGCGUGCUUUAAGGAAAGACGCGCCUGAGCUUGGCAGGAAGGAUGCCGGCCUUGCUGGCAGCUUCGUGGAGGCUGAGAGGCCAAGUGAUCUGGCAGAGGCUCUGAACUUGCGAGACAAGUUCCAAGAGGACGUGGCGAACAUGACCAGCAAGUUGGAGUACCUCACGAAACAUGCCCGGCUAGAGCACCUGUCGGACAACAGCAAAAAGGAGCGGGAGGCGGAGCGUGCAAAGCUCGAAGAGCGGCGGAACGAAGUGGAGCGUCGUGCGAGACAGCGGGAGCGCUUCUCCCGUGAUCCUCGUAAGAACGUGGCCCUCAAGGUCGAGAACAGAAGAAAGUUUGGAUGGGAAAGCUGGGACAUUGCGGAAAGCAUCCCAAUCUGCGAGGUAGACUCUGGCUGGAAGAGUGGCAAGAAAGUCGGAUUGGUGGAUGUUGCCAGUCUCACCGCUCAAUGUAAGCAGCUGCGCAGUGGCGCCGUCUCCCUCAAUGAUCUCUUGGCAAGACAGCCGAACCGGACGAAAGGCCAAGCAAGCAACGCAGCUUGGCCUGAACUGCUAGCGGCGGCUAGUACUUGGUUAGAGUAUUAUGUGCAGGAUGAAGCAGAACGAUACCACCGGGUGCCAAAAGCUGCACGCGUCCAGGCCGAGCUGACUCACGCGGCCACAGCUCUAGGAGGUCUGCUGCCAGCUCAGGGGAUUGUGCUGGAUUUGGGUUCCGGAGGUGGUCUCUCUUCUCUCACUUUCCAGGCCCUGGCCGCGCAUGUAAGCUCGCCGAGCUCGCCUCCUUUCAUUCUGAGUUUGGACACCAGCGCCCACAUGCUGGCGACGGCCACUGAGAUUCGCGAGUCUUCCUUGAUCGGAAUCCGAGUGCCCAGUACGUCGAGCGUACCAACAGGUGAAGGCUUCGAAGUUGCACAUGUUGACAUCAGCGACGGGGUGCGGUGGAUCGCCCGACGCGGGGACCGAAUCCUGGCCGACAUGUCGCAGCCGUUACCUUUGCGCAAGGGGGUUGCCGACGCGGUGCUGUCAGUCAGCGCAGUGCAGUGGCUGCUCCAGGCCCGCUCAGAAGAACCGGACGCCCGCAGGCCGGGGAACCCGAGCACGGAGGCUGCACCACAGGAAAAGCUCACGAAGCUGUUCACAUCGCUUCGUAGGGUCACCGUGGACACUGCCAAGUUAGCGAUGCAGUUCUACCCGCCCAAAGGAGACCAUGACUUUGGAGCUAGAGCCUUGCGAGACUCUGCAAGACAUGCCAAGUGGCUGGAUGCAACGGUCGUACUGGAUUUUCCUCACCACCCCUCUUCGCUUGCGAAGAAGUGGUUUCUAACUGCGGGCUGUCAAGGCCACAUCCCGCAGAGCAGCUCUUUGCAACCUGUUUGGUGUGCUUUGUGCUGGCCGGUUGUUGCGGCUUCGUGUGUGCUGCAGUGCUCAGGCAGGGACAGACCGAGUGCCAAAGUCCUGUGCAAUCGUGCCGAGCAGCAGCACGUCGAACUGGCGCUACGCUUGGUGAGGUGUGGAAGGCGGCUGGUUGCAAGUGCCGAGGGCGAUGCGACAGCACAGAAGAUCCAAGAACGACUCCUGCAGCAGCUUCACCCGCUGCAGUUGGAGCUGGCCCGCGGCCUCUUCCAGGCCCUGCAGGCCUGCAGGCAAGGUGAGGCAGGUGAGGGCGGUGAGGGCGAGGUAGGGGCUGAGAGAGAUCCGGAAGAGUGCGAGGAAGGGAAGUACAUGGAGCGCGAGAAGGCAAAGCGGCCCAAGGCUGGUGAGACAAAGACGGAGCUUCGGAGCGCCGUGGCGCGCUGCCUGCCGCAGCUACUUCCCGUUCUGCACACAGCUCCAAGCCCAGGGUGGCUCCUGCCUCCCCCGCCCUUGUCUCAGGCUGCGCAGGUGGAGGACAUCUCCCAUGGGCUUUGA